AUGGCGGACAGUUUGAGCGCGGUGCCUGCAAUCGACAAGCCCAUGCUUCAGCGCCGGCGCUCCAAGAAUCCACUCAAAAACAUGAUGCAACACCUGACAGUAGAACCUCCAGAAGACUCUGACGGAGCUACUCGGCGUGCAUCCCUCAUCCGACGCAUCAGCUGGCGCAAGAGCCGAAGCCCGUCUGCACAUUCUGAUGCUUCGGCGCCUACGUCCGCCACCAUUCGCAACAUCGACCCGGCCUUGUGCGCGUCCUGCUCAAGUCUAGCAGUGGACAUCGAGCACAUCCUGGAAGAAAUAGACUUAUCCUUUACCAAAGCCCUCCAUCCCGCCGCCGAAGAUGCCUUUGGUGAGAAGGAAUAUUUUGUUUCCCGACUUCGCGGACUGGAAGAAAACAAGUGGGCGGCAACAUGUCCCCUGUGCAGGCUGUUUUGGGCCGUGCAUAUACCAGGAGAGGGCGACGGCGACUUCGUACUAUCAGCAUUCUCCAGCCGCGACACCAAUUACCUGAUAGACUCUACUCGGAUGUUUGAUAUGGAACAUCCCGCCAGAGCCAAAUCCAAGGGCUUGGCCCCUUGCUAUCUAGCAGUUGUGCCCAAGAAGCGCGGAGACGCGGCAAAGGCGUGGGACGUACUGCCAGAGUGGUUCCGUGAGAAUGGAAUGCUGUUUCGAACGUUGCCAAGCCUGUCACCGGAGCCUUCAGGUAGGAGGAGUCGCAGCAAAAGCUCGGAGCGACAAACGCCGGACCCCCCGCCAGCACUCCAGACUGAUUCAGACUGGCUCCAGAAAGGGAUUUGGGGUCGCGAAAUCCAACAGACUGCGGACCUGUCCAUUGCCCGCAGCUGGUUACAAUUCUGCGACCGCCACCACCAAGGCCGCUGCGGACGACGUCGCAUUGCCAAAGACUUGGCAGGGUUCAAGCUGGUAGAUUGCACCCAAUCGCCUCCACGGGUGGUACGGCGACCGCUUUCCGAAAAUUUUGCUGCGCUCAGUUAUGUAUCCGGAAAAGACACUGCAGAACUGUGGCCCAAGGUUGUCCGUGAUGCCAUUGUUGUUACUCGGGAGCUGGGUCUGCAGUACUUGUGGAUGGACAAGUUGUGCAUAGACUCGUCCAACUUGCAAGAGAGGACGAGCCACAUUGGCCGAAUGGAUGAGAUAUUCGAGGGGUCAGUGGUCACAAUAGUCGCUGCGCACGGAAACAACGCCAUGUGCGGCCUGCCUGGUGUGGGCUCAACCACUCGCCCAGAGCAGCCAAAGUACGGUUUCAGUGACGGCAAUCUGACUCUGGUUUCCAGCUUGCGGGACCCUCGCCUCGAUAUCAGGAACUCGGAUUGGUUUACUCGUGGCUGGACAUACCAGGAGGGUCUCUUGGCUCGACGCCGACUAAUCUUUACGGAGCGGCAAAUGUACUGGGAGUGUGAUGGCAUGUCAUGCCCGGAAACCCUGAUCCUGCCCCUCGCCACAUACUAUGACAGGGAUGAAGAAAAGAUGUGUGACUUUGUACGACCCGGUCUCUUCAACAGUGUUUCAUACAUUGAUGGUAGCUGGGAAGCUUGGAAGAAGUUGCCGCAGACCGCCGAGGAACCGAGCACGCUCAGCAUAUUCCGACAGUCGGACCAGUACAUUUGCGAAUACACCAAGCGCAAACUAACAUACGACCAAGACUCUCUUAGCGCCUUUAUGGGAAUUACGCGACGACUUGAGAAGACGCUCGGACGCGGAAAACUAGGAAGCAUAGUGGGCAUUCCUCUGUGGUGCCCUACGACACCCGCGAACGCGCCUGCGGAGCUCGCUAGGACCAAGCUUUUGUUUGCGCUGACGACCAGCUUUUGGCAUCACAGCGGCGGCGAGGAGCCCCAAAGGCGUCGACACUUGCCCAGUUGGACAUGGGCAGGCUGGCGAGGCGGAGUUGAACUCCACUCAUCCAUUGUCGUGGCGGCUCAGGAUGGCACUUCAAGGGAGAAGAAGUUGCUAAACCAUCAUUACGUGAGCGCGACGCAACUGACACGGAACGAUGCAACCUCGAGAGAAUGGGCGUACUCGCCAGAGAUGGUCAUGGUCAGCUCGGAUGGUCAUGUAGUUUACGACUUUUCAUCAGCCGGUGGGCCGCCUUCAAUUUCGCCGGGGCCCUACCUCUUGCGUGUCACCAAUCCGCUGGUACUGGAUAAAGUGAAGGCUCGAGUUCACAAGGGGGGUUGGAUAUUCAAUGACGUUUGCGUUGAUGUCCGCCUCAGCCGAGGACGCGGCACCGAGGCCAACACAAGUGCACCUUUGGCUUCGGAAGCGAACAGACCAAGUGCGAUUCGGGAAUAUCUCGAGCAACACGCUCGUGGCGAGCGGAUGACGGUGCUAUGGUGUAUUGAAGAAACGACAAUCCUGCUUUUGGUGCUGGAACGGACCGCGUCUACCACGUGGGAACGUGUUGGGCGUGCAAGAAUGGGAUUCGGGCAAGACCCCAAGGAUGUUAUGCGACGCUUUGGAAGUUUGGAGGUCCUGGUCAAUUCGCUACCUCUCCGUCGCCUAGGGCAAGACAUUUUUAUCGGAUAA